AGAUGCGAGGGCCUAGAGAGAGCGAGCUGCCUGUAUUUCUCAGAGAAAAAGCAGAGAUCUUAUUGGGUCUAUUGAUAACUAAAGAGAAGAAAGCCGAAGCCAACAUUAAAAUUUUAAUAAAUACCCAUUCCAAACACCAACCAAGAACAAUCAACAAACCAACCAAUUUUUUCCCCCAACAUUGUCUUCUUCCUCUUCUUCUUCUUCUUCUACUUUUUGCUUCUCUUUCUGAUGAUCCCCAUGCCAUAUUCUGCCUUUCUUAUUUUGUCCCCUUUCUCCCAUAAUUCAGAUCUAUCUACUCUCCUUCUUUCAUUAAAUUAAACCCUUUUUCUUUUUCUUGCUCUAAACUAUAUUCCCUCCUCUUCUUCUUCUUCCUCUUCUUCUUCUUCCCCCAAAUGGGUACUGGUUGGAGGAAAGCGUUUUGUACUACCAUUUCUCGAGAUUCAGAAUCUAAUAAUGUCUCUGAGAAACAGAGGAGCUCUGGCACUCCAAAUCCCAGCCCUAGAAGCUGUGUUCGAUUGGGUUUCUUCAGCAAUCCUUCUACUCCACGAUUGCAGUCUCAUCAGCCAUUGAGUAGUCCAGGUCUUCGCUGCCGUACAGCUCAAGAUGCCACUGUCAAUCAGAGUCCGACUCUCCAUUGCAAGACCUCCUCGUCCUCUUCAUCAACUCCUAAAUCUGCUAAAUCCCAACGAGGGGUUUUGGGUUCUAAUCCUUCCUCUCCUCGUUCCCCUCUGAAACUCUCUCUUUUCAAGAACAGCUUUAAGUUCAGAAGUAGCUGUGGAAUCUGUUUGAGUAGCGUGAAGACAGGGCAUGGGACGGCGAUUUACACGGCGGAGUGUUCGCAUGCUUUUCAUUUCCCUUGUAUAGCCGCUCAUGUCAGAAACCACGCCACUCUGGUUUGCCCUGUCUGCAAUACCACAUGGAAAGACGUUCCUCUGCUCGCCGCCCAUAAGAAUUUGGGCCCACUAACCCAGCACGAUAUCAAACCCAAGAUUGAAGAUAAAACCAUGAUUGAAUCUUCCCCCAGAGCCUUUAAAUCCAAACAAGACCCAAAAGAAAAGCCCUCGGAAUUCAGGUCCUACGACGACGAUGAACCCCUUUUGUCCCCUACCUCCGGCGGCCGGAUUAUCCCCAUCCCAGAAGCCGAUGAGAACCAAGACGAUGUCGAGGAAUUUCAAGGCUUCUUUGUACACCCAAAGCCGCCUUCCAGUGCGGCUAAAUCUUCAAUUCAGAGGACCAAUGUGCAGGUCCGACUCCUCCCUGAAACGGCGUUGAUUUCAUCUGGACACGCCCACGAGACCUACGCGGUGGCUCUGAAAGUAAAAGCGCCACCGCCACAUCCGGCUAGAAACAGAGCCAAUGCCAAUUUACUAGACCCAUCCCGUCGUGCGCCGAUCGAUUUAGUGACGGUGCUGGAUGUGAGUGGAAGCAUGACGGGGCCGAAAUUGAUGAUGCUGAAACGCGCCAUGCGAUUGGUCAUUUCGUCGUUAGGCUCGUCGGACCGGCUCGCCAUUGUCGCUUUCUCGGCCACUCCUAAAAGGGUGUUGCCGUUGAGGAGGAUGACGGCUCAAGGCCAACGCGCCGCCCGGCAGGUGAUUGACACGCUGGUCUGCAGCCAAGGAACCAGCGUGGGGGAAGCAUUGAGAAAAGCCACAAAAGUACUCGAGGACCGGCGAGAGAGAAACCCGGUGGCCAGUAUCAUGCUUUUAUCCGACGGCCAAGAUGAGCGAACCCAUUCAAAUCAACGGCAGAUGACACGACACGAGUCAUCCACACGGUUCGCCCAUAUAGAAAUUCCGGUUCACGCGUUUGGGUUCGGGAAGAGCGGCGGAUACUGUCAAGAACCGGCGGAGGACGCGUUUGCCAAAUGCGUGAGUGGGUUAUUAAGCGUGGUGGUUCAAGACCUCCGUAUUCAACUCGGGUUCCCGACCGGUUCAUCUCCGGUUGUGAUUUCCGCUAUUUAUUCCUGUACAGGCCGGCCCACGGUUUGCAGCUUGGGUUCGGUCCGGCUGGGCGAUUUAUACGCGGAGGAGGAAAGGGAAUUACUCGUGGAGUUGAAGAUUCCAACCUCGGCUGCUGGGACCCACCACGUGAUGACGAUGCAGUGCCUUUACAAAGACCCAUCCACACAAGAAGUAGUGUACAGCCGAGAACAAGACAUCCUUAUCGCACGACCGGUAGCCGUGGGAUCAUCCGCUCCGAAGAUCGAACGGCUAAGAAACAUGUUCAUAACGACUCGCGCUGUGGCGGAAUCCAGGAGAUUAAUUGAGUACGACGAUCAUACAAGCGCACAUCAUUUACUCGCGUCGGCGCGUGCGUUACUAAUCCAAUCCGGAUCAUCAAGUGCUGACGUGUACGUGCGUGAGCUGGAAGUUGAGCUGGCAGAACUCCAUUGGCGAAGGCAACAACAAUUCGAAAUACACCAGCAGCAACAACAUCAACAACAUUUAGUCACGACGACGCCGCGUAGGCGUGGCGGUGGGGAUAAGGAAAAUCCGACGUUGGUGGAUGAAAACGGAGAGCCGUUAACACCGACAUCGGCGUGGAGGGCGGCGGAGAAGCUUGCCAGAGUGGCGAUUAUGAAAAAAUCGUUGACGAGUAGAGUGGGGGAUUUACACGGGUUUGAAAACGCCAGGUUCUAGAAGAGGCAGAGGAUUCACUGACUGUAAAAUUUGGUUAAUUUUGGAAAAGGGUAAUGAGAAAUUGAAAAGGGAAAGGGAAAAAGUAUAGUACAGAAAUGGAUUUGUGGGGGGCAAAGUGGGGUUUUCCUCUUCUUCUUCUUCUUCUUCUUCUUCUUCAAAGCCCCACUGAUUAGACUGUCUUAUGCUUUUCAUCAACUCCACACAUACACUCAGCUUUCUGUAGCUUUCUUUCAUGUAGAUUAGAGGAAAAUGGGAUUACCAAAGCAGAAGCAACCAUAAACGUUUUAUUUCAAAAUGACCCUUUUUUCAAUUUAAGCAAAAUAUUUUUAUUUUUA